AUGCUACGAAUGAAAUACGUAGCAUCAAUUGGGCACAUAUCUAGACUACAUCAUACAAUACAAUCAAGGAUUAGUCAAAUACCUAUUGAAAAUUAUAGAAUUUUCUCAAUUGUGGCACAUAUCGACCAUGGAAAGUCCACUUUGAGUGAUAGACUAUUAGAAAUAACUGGCGUUAUAACAAAGGAGGCCAAGAAUGAACAAGUAUUAGAUAAGUUAGAAGUAGAAAGAUCUCGUGGUAUUACUAUCAAAGCACAAAAUUGUUCAAUGCUUUAUAAAGAUAAAUUUCUUCUACAAUUGAUUGAUACGCCAGGUCAUGUAGAUUUCAGAGAUGAAGUUAGGAGAGCAGUUUUCGCUGUCGAUGGUGCUAUUUUACUAGUCGAUGCUUCGAAGGGAGUACAGGCUCAAACAGUUGCAAAUUUCAAGAUGGCCAAGGAGUCCACCGUUACACUGAUACCGGCAAUAAAUAAAAUCGACCUUCCUAAUAGUGAAGUUGACAGAGUAGAAAAACAAAUUAUCCAAGAGUUGGGAUUUGAAAAAAAUGAAAUAAUAAAGAUUAGCUCUAAGACUGGACUGAACAUACAGGAGCAAUUACUGCCUGCUAUAAUCGAGAGCAUACCGUCGCCGAGUGGUAAUACCAAUGGUCCCUUUCGAGGUCUAUUAAUUGAUUCCUGGUAUGAUUCAUAUCAAGGUGUGAUCUUGCUUAUUCGCGUUUUAGACGGUUUCAUUAAGGAGGGAGACAAGAUAGUAAGCGGCCAAACGAGAAAGAAAUAUGAGGUUAAAAAGGUAGGGAUCAUGUAUCCCAAUGAAACGCCGACAGGAACAUUAACUACAGGUCAAGUUGGAUAUAUAAUUCCUGGCAUGAAAAAUGUGAAGGAUGCCUUGCUUGGAGAUACACUAUUUCACUUAGGACAAGAGUCUAAGGCUAAACUUUUGCCAGGAUUUAAAGAAACAAAGCCGAUGGUGUUUGUUGGUGCAUUUCCCGCCGACGGAAUUGAUCAUAAAAUAAUAGAGGAUGACAUAAAUCGACUGAUCUUGAAUGAUAGAUCAGUAGAAUUGCAUCGAGAAACAUCAAAUGCCUUAGGACAAGGUUGGAGAUUGGGAUUUUUAGGCUCCUUACAUGCCACCGUCUUCAAGGAGAGAUUAGAAAAAGAAUAUGGUUCUAGGCUAAUCAUAUGCCAACCUUCUGUGCCAUAUUUAAUCAAAUAUAUCGAUGAUAAGGACCAAUUGAUAAAAAAUCCGAGCGAAUUUCCUAAUUCCACCUCUAGGCGUACCACAAGAAUAAAAACUAUACAGGAACCCUAUGUCGAAGUUCUAACUUCAAUACCAACGGAAUAUGUUGGAUGCGUCAUUCAACUAAUUGAGAAUAAUCGCGGGGAACAGAAGGAACUCAAUUAUUUAAAUACAGAAGACCAGGCUAUUAUAAAAUAUUAUCUGCCUCUGGCAGAACUGGUCGAUGAUUUUUUUGGUAAAUUGAAGUCUCUUACAAGAGGAUAUGCAACACUGGACUAUGAUGAUGCUGGCUAUAAGGAUGCAGAUGUUGUUAAGCUUGAGCUAUUAGUGAACGGUAAAAGUUUAGAUGCUCUGUCUAAAGUGGUCCAUAGGUCUCAAGUUCAAAAGGUUGGUAAAGAAUGGGUCAAAAAUUUCAGGGAAUAUCUUCGAUCUCAAUUGUAUGAAGUAGUAAUACAGGCCAAGUAUGAUGGCAAGGUGAUUGCUAGGGAGACUAUAAAGGCUCGAAAGAAAGAUGUUCUCGCAAAAUUACAUGCUUCUGACGUGUCAAGAAGAAAGAAACUGUUAGCAAAACAAAAAGAAGGUAAGAAGCAAUUGAAAUCAAUUGGGAAUAUUCAAAUUCCUCAAGACGCCUAUCAAGCAUUUUUACGUAAAUAA